CACGUGACGCAGCGCGUGGAGCCGCGCAAGCCGCUCAGCUCGGGUCCACUUCCAGCAUCUGCGGCCGCCGCGGAAGAGGCAAGCGGGGUGGCCGCCGCGGUUGUUAUGCCCGCGCCGCGGUGGAUGCCCCUCCCCUACUCCCCGGCUCCCGCGGGUGAUUUCCUCGCCAUCCGUUCCAUGCAGCCUCUCCACGGCGGAAGCAUUUCUGCUCCAGGGACGACGGCAGAAGCGUGAGACCUGCCUUGCCGUCGGCUUGCUUGCCUGCCCGCUUUGGAUGGUGCUUUUCCUGGCCCCGUGGGUGCCGCGGGCGGCGGGACUAAUAUGCUCACUCGGAUGAGGUCUGCCAUGGCCAAUUUGGUGGGAGGCAUCGUGUCUGGCAGUUCGGGCUCGGAGCCCGGCGGGGGCUUGGAUUUGCCUCCCCGCUUUCCUUACGGCAGACCCGAGUUCCUGGGGCUCUCUCAGGACGAGGUCGAGUGCUCCGCCGAUCACAUCGCCCGACCCAUCCUCAUUCUCAACAAGGAGAUCAAGCGCUUGCCCUGGACCACGGGAUACGCCGAAGUGAUCAAUGCAGGGAAAAGUACACAUAAUGAGGACCAAGCAAGUUGUGAAGUGCUUACGGUGAAGAAGAAAAUCGGGACAACUAAUUCAACACCAAACAGAAAUUCCUCUAGUAAGCGGAGAUCAUCAUUGCCCAAUGGGGAAGGAUUGCAGUUGAAAGAGAAUUCAGAAUCGGAUAGCAUCUCUUUUCAUUAUUGGUCAUUAUUUGAUGGCCAUGCUGGAUAUGGAGCAGCUGUGGUAGCCUCCAAGUUGCUGCAGCAUCAUAUUGUAGAGCAGUUGCAGGAGAUUGUGGACAUCCUGAAAAACUCUGCUGUUCCACCCCCAACUUGCCUGGGGGAAGAGCCAGAAAGCAUGAAUGCCAGCAGCAGAACUCUAACCCGGGCAGCCUCAUUGAGAGGAAGUGUUGGAGUGCCAGGUUCACCUGGUACUCCACCUACUCGCUUCUUUACAGAAAAGAAGAUCUCACAGGAAUGCCUUGUCAUGGGAGCUAUUGAAACUGCAUUCAGGGAAAUGGAUUUGCAGAUAGAACAUGAAAGAACUGUCUUCAAUAUAUCUGGUGGUUGUACAGCUCUUGUGGUGGUCUAUUUACUGGGGAAACUCUAUGUGGCAAAUGCAGGUGAUAGCAGAGCCAUAAUAAUUAGAAAUGGAGAGGUCAUUCCAAUGUCUUCAGAAUUCACACCAGAAACAGAACGUCAGCGGCUUCAGUAUCUGGCAUAUAUGCAACCCCAUUUGCUGGGAAAUGAAUUUACACAUUUGGAAUUUCCAAGGAGAGUUCAGCGAAAGGAAGUUGGGAAAAAAAUGCUUUAUCGAGAUUUCAGCAUGAUUGGCUGGGCAUACAAAACCAUUGAAGAGGAUGACUUGAAGUUUCCCCUUAUAUAUGGAGAAGGAAAGAAGGCUCGUGUCAUGGCAACUAUUGGGGUUACAAGAGGACUUGGAGAUCAUGACCUGAAGGUGCAUGACUCAAACAUCUACAUCAAACCAUUUUUGUCCUCCUCACCAGAGGUAAAAGUUUAUAAUCUUCUCCAGUAUGAGCAUGGACCAGAUGAUGUGCUUAUCUUAGCUACUGAUGGACUCUGGGAUGUACUAUUAAAUGAAGAAGUAGCAGAAGCCAUCACUAAUUUCCUGCCAAACUGUGACCCUGAUGAUCCACACAGGCAUGUAACCUCUCUUCUGUACACACUAGCAGCUCAGGAUUUGGUAAUGCGAGCUAGGGGAGUGCUGAAGGACAGAGGCUGGAGGAUAUCCAAUGACCGACUGGGCUCAGGAGAUGACAUUUCGGUCUACGUCAUUCCUUUAAUACAUGGAAAUAAACUCUUGUAAAAGCAGCAUCAGUGCUAGUAACAUGAAAUGUUUGAUUAUUGUCCUUUGGAAAAGACAGUCUUCUGAUAAAUGAAAGUAGUGGUUUAAACAUUCUCUUAAGCUUGAGUAACCUGAUCUCUUUGUACUUGAAAGCUAGGGCUGAUUUGCACAUAAUCUCUUAGAGGUUGCAGCUUCCCUAAAUUUAUAUUAUUGGUACAUAUCAGGACCAGAACUUCAGUGCUGCUAGUAUAUUUAGUGCUUUCUUUUUAAUGUCCCUCCUGGUGAGGACACUGUUGUGAUCUAAUUGAAUUUAUUUUUCCCAGUUUAAUGUAGCCUAGAAUGCUAAACAAGAUGUGAAUUGGGAAGACCAUAAUUGAAACUGGAUAGGCAGCCUUUAUUUCCCCAAUUUCUGUGCUAGCUGACUUUAAUUUAGAAGUAAUUUAUAAUUACUAAAGUUAGAAAAGCUGGUAUCUACUUAGGUAUUGUUUGCUGAAGGUAGUGAUGUUUCAGUGGAGAGGUUCUAGAGUUUUGUUUAUGCAUAUUAAUUCAAAAAUUUUUCCCUCUGCACUGUAAUGAAAAUGUAUAGAUUUUUCUAUGUGCUUGGAUGGUGAAAUUAGCUUUUUUCUGGUUUCAGUCUAGCAGCUGUCAAUAAAAUUGCCUAAGAGAAUAGAGAAACAUUGGGUGGUAAAUCUGUUUUUGUGUUAACGUUUUGUCAAGUGUGUAGCUAUGAUGUAGCAGACUGGGAUAUUGUUUUAGUUAAUAUUUAUUCGUUAUCAGAUUUUUCAUGCAUUAAAUACUUUGGUCUCCUCUUUCAAUAGGAUAUGGUAUUCCUAUUGAAAGAAUUUCCCUACAAAUAGGGAUGUUCCCUACAAAUAGGGAUUUGGAUGUACUGGAUAAAUGUUUGUCUUGUUUUUUCCUUUGCUAUUUAAUGCUAGUGAGUAUUAGAAAUUUCCUUUAGAACAAUAAUCUUCUCCCAUUUUCCUACAGUACUCUUUGAGCAUUAAUUUCUUUUACUGCUUUUAUUGUAUUCCAUUACCAGGAUGUAAUAGGUAAAAUGUAAAUUAUAAAUCCAUGUAGUAUAGCAACAAUUUCUGAAGAACAAGCUUCAUUAGUUUGUUUGUAAUUGUCAAUAUUAAUAAAAUAUCAAAAUAGAUAGGAAUAAAUAUUCCAGUAAUAAACUUACUCAGCAAAGUAUUUAUAAUUAUACAUACAUAAUGCAAGCCACCUCUUCUGGAAUUAUAUGCUUGGAUUGGAUUCCUCAGGUAUUAUCUUCUCAAUCAAGAAAUCUAGUAGCACAUUCUAUGUCAUUUAAAAAGUAAAUGAUAUGGCUAGAAAAUAAGAGAUCAACUUUUGAGAGAUCUCAAAUAUUUUCCAAAAAUGAAGCUUUUAGGAUAACAAGAAAAUGGUUCUAUUUGUUUCCAUGUCUUUUUUCUUUAACAUUUUCCCAUCUUCAUAGUAUUACAUUGAUAUUUUUUGUGGGGCAGGCAUUUCAUAUACUGUCUUUGCAUCAAUACAAACGUUUCCCUCAGUAGGGUAGUGCUACUAUAAAUAAGUUUAAAUCUAUAACUGAACAGUUAAAAAGAUCAUCUAUGACAUCUCUAAAUAUGUAUGCAAUAAUGUAGUUUAUAGUAGGAUUCAUGAAACUGUUAUAAACAAUGUUUCAUAGUAUAGUCUUUUCAACUGUGUAAAUAAAUCUGGAAGUGGAUAUUACACAGAAUGUAUUUCUGCAUUCACAGUAUGUACUUUUCAGUUCAAGUAAUUCUUAAUGUGAGUCACUAUUGAUAUUCAGUUUCAUUUCAUUCACAUAUGUGAAAUCAGUGUUUUCUGGGUAAAAUACCGUCACUGGUUCAUCAUCACUUUCUAAUGUAGCAUGUGUAUGCAAAAAUGUGCUGUUGUGUUGUUUGUCUUCGUUUUGCUUUAACAUAUUCCUUACUUCCACCACUUAAACCCUCUUUAGACACAAAUUGUCUCACUAGGAAAUUAAAAGUACAGAUUUAAUGUUUAUAUUGCUCUACCACAGGGGUCCCCAACCCCCAGACUAUAGAUUGAUAUUAGUCUGUGGCCCAUUGGGAACUGGGCCACACAAACGGUGGGAAAAUGUGCGAAGUUUCAUUUGUGCAUGCACAGGAAGUAGGUUAUGCACGCAAAACCAUCCUCUCUCUACCUGCCGCCAUUGCUGCUGCCAGUCUGUGGAGCUGGAAAGGUUGGGACUACUGCUCUACCAUAUGGAUACAUUGUAUUUUAUUAUAGUCUUGUUAGACACCUGGGCAUAAAAAUGGGUCAGAAUAGUCAGUAGCAGGAAUUGUAUGUAGUCACCAUUAAUACAUUAUCUGUGCAGUUACUGUUUUUUACUCUUUUUCUAUAAUUGCUAGUUUUACAGUAAUCUAAUACGAGACACAGAUUCAAUUCCAAUGUUGUGAUUUUACAUUAGUUCUUUGCAGUUGCUACUUAAUUUGUAAAAAGAAAAACAUGGGUAUCUGUAGAAGCUUCCUGUUUUUCAUCAGUUAUAAAAGCAACAUCAUGCAAUUGUGCCACAAAAUCCACCUCUUUUGGAUGUAGAUGUGAUCUUACGCCAUAUGUUUAAAAGGGAUAGUUUGCAUCAUGACAGUGUAAUAUUGCUUUUGUCAAUCUAUUGUUGACACCCUCCCUACAAUAAUAUAUCCAUUAGCAAUAUCUUCAAAGGUAGUCUUAAAAUUGACUGCCUUCUGUUUUUCCAGGAACAGUGGCAACCUUAUAUCAAACUAACACAUGGAAGCCAAUUAUAAGUAUCUUGGUAAUAGAUCUGUCUUAAUGCUGUAACGGCUACCAAAUGUUUCCUGGAAACCAAAAGUCCUAGUCAAGACAAUUUUUUAAAAAUGUAAUCAUAUCAAUCUAAUGCAAACCAAGCAACAUUGAUUCACUUAACUAAAUUCAGAAAUUUAAACUGACACUUAAGUUUCCUUCCAUCUCUAUUGCUGCAGAGCUUCUUCAAAGUUUUGAUCUUGUUCAAGAUUGCUUUGAGUCAACAACGAUUCUCUCUCCCUCUCCCCAAAGAAGUAUAUUUUAUAUGUCUUUGAGUAAUAUCUAGAUGAACUUAAGUGGCAGCUAUUUAUAAACCUUUGCAAAGAAUUUGGUCUUCUAGAACAAUAUACUAUUGAAGGAACUGUAUCAAUUCCUGCAAUUUCUGCAUAUGAUAGAGUUGGAGUGGAUUUCAUGCCUUGCGUUAUUAGAUUGCAGAUGAAGUCUUGCCAAUCUCAACAGAGAGGCAUCAAAUGGUAUCUCUCUUUUUUACUUGAGAAAGUUCCACUGUGUCACCUAGCUAAGACUUACAUAACGUCCCUUCUAGAUGAGUGCAUGUGAAAUAAUACUCCAAUAAUUAAUUCUAUUAUAGAGUUUAUUAUUAUUUAAAGCAGGUUUCUCCAGAUAUACUAAUCUAUAUUUUCCAAAUUAGUAUUUGGGUUACUUUGAGUUUUGGUCAUUUGGGGCAUUGGAAGUAUUGUCCAGCACAUGUGGAACAAAACAAGCUGAGGAAGACUACCUUAAAAGUAAUGAUGCUAUACCAGGGGUGAAAUGCUACUGAUUCAGAUCAGUUUAGGCAAACUCAUAGUAAAAAAAAUGCUACCGGUUCAGAUGGACUGGUAUUUCCCUUGAUCAGCUGUGCUGCGCAAUUUAUAUUCGCUAGAAAGCAGUAAAUCCUGCUUUCUAGCAAAUAUAAAUUGCGCUGCACAGCUAUUCCCCCCCUCGCUGUUCUACUUACCUUAGAAAACGGUUCUUAAUCCUUUUUCAGUGCUGUGUGGUAGCGCCUGCGGUUGUGCAUGUGUGUGAAGAGUGCAUUUGGUGUGCACUGCGCAUGCACACGCGCAGCGAACCAGUAGCAAAAUGAACCAGUAGCAGACUUCAGAGCAUUUUACUCCUGUGCUAUACACCAAAAUAUUGAAAAUGAACCAGAUUGUAACUAUGUUAUUAUAUAUUAAAUAUCUUGAAGGAGUACUGUUAAACAAAACCAAAUACCCAACCUUACUCCUUCAUUCAUCCCCAACUGAGGAAACUUGUUCUUUUAAAAAAAAUGAGUUUUAAAAAAAUCUAACUGAAAACAUUUCUAGGAAAUUAUAAAUUCAGGUAAAAUUAAAAAAAAAUCGUUGCUAAUAGAGCAAUUUAAAUUAUCCAUGGUAUGUGUCUGGUACUAAGUCAACAACAUGGAUCUUUCAAAAUUCCAAGAGAUGUAUUAAUUACAUUAUUAGGUUUAAGUUUAACAACUGUGUAGUCUAAAAUUUUCUUUACCAAAUUAAGCAAUAUUUUGGGGGUGAUUCUUCUAACAACUUAUUUCCAAUUGUAGCUAACAAUUAUAAUAUUUUAAUGAAAUAUUCCAAUUCAAAUUAUCUAAGAUGUUGUUUCAUUACUUACCAAUGCCCAUAAAAAAGGAUUCAUUUUAGUUACAAUCUAAAAUCAGCAGCACAUGAGAAGUGAUCAUGGACUCCAAGCAAUAUUGAAAUGGUUUUGUAUCAAGAACUGUCAAAUUGCUGAAAGUAAAGUAGUCAUUGUAUGUAUUUUCUCUGAGGUUUGAUUCUUAUUUUUGAUAAUGAAACACUACAACCCUACCAAGUCCAUUUUGGUACUUUUGCCCUUUGUACAUGCACUAUUGCAGUUUGCAUUUUACAAACAUUUGCACAUUCUCAAUUUAUUUUUUCUUUUAGAUAUGUUGUAGGCAAUGACCAAUACUUCUACAAUCAUUCUGCCAAAUUAUACCAGUAUUUUACUUGAAAGAACCCUUUCCCUUCCAAUCUUUGCUUUAUUAUUUUUUUCCACUGUAUUUCAUUUUAAUUCAAUGGCUGCCCAUUAUUUUAGUGGUAUAGUGAUUAUAUUUAUGGAAUAUAUUUUCUAGGCUCAGCAUUCUAAAUGAUGAAAAGAAUUUGAUGGAUAAAAAUGAUUUAGAUUAAUGUACUUAACAUUGUGACUGUGAAAUAUCAAACUUUUUGUAAUUUAAGAACAAAAAUGUUUAGCAAAGGGAUAUAUUUUAUGUGUUUUGAAAAAUUUUCAGUGCAAUUAAGAAGCUGAAAAACCAGAAAAAAUGUAUGCACAAUAAAGUUUUAAAAUGGAAUUGUAAAAAAAAAUAAUAAACAGAAAAACUCAUUUUUGCUGUUUAUAUUGGAUGGAUGUUUCUGUGGGAUUUAUAGCUGAUCGGUUAAAGCACAGAAAUUUGCUAGUGAUGACAUGAAAUCAAAUGAAGAAAGUCUAAUUAAGGACAAUCUAAACACAGUAUCAAACUUUAUUGUGAAAUUAAAUGUUAUUGUUAUGCUAUUACUUUUCUACCUGUAUAUUUUAGGAUAUAUAUAAAUUCACUGUACAAGUCUGCUUGAUGAAAAAGUGCUAAAAAAACCAACAAGAAGGAUGCAUUACUUAUUGCUCACAAAAUUGUACUCAUUUCAUUAAGCUGGCCUUCAGUGAAGUCAUUCAAAUCAGCUUUUUCCUUGCUAGUAUAUUUCAAUUCAUUAACUGCAGAAUUUAUUUAUGGGUUUUGGUAUAGAAAAUACAUGACUACUGAUGAGAUAAUAUACUACCUGGCA